GAAGUGACAGUGGGGGUGGUGCAGAUAGCAAACGACAGCCUCGUCUACGCAACCCCACAUGUCGUUAGAACAAAACAUAAACAUCAAAUGUAGCGUAGAAUCUUUCAAGUUUUCAGUUUUCAGUUCUAACUUCUAACUUGAAGUAGACACAGACUCUGAAAAUUCAUCAAAAAUGGAAAAUAAUUUCCGUAAACAUUGUUUUUCAGAUAUUAUUAUGAACAGAGAGUUGGGUUUCUCUCAUCCCACUUCUUUUACACAUCACUUUUAUGCUUCUCAGGUCCUUGUAAAGAACUUGAGUUUAUAUGCAAAAUUAGAGGGUCAUGAAGGAUGUGUAAAUGCAGUGGAAUUUAACUCGACGGGUGACAUUCUUGUCUCAGGUUCUGAUGACAGACAAGUUAUGUUUUGGAAUUGGGAAUCCAAAACUAAACUAUUUGAUUAUCCUUCUGGCCACGAAGACAACAUUUUCCAGACGAAAAUCAUGCCUUUUACUGAUGACAGUCGAAUAGUAACUUCUGCUGGUGAUGGCCAGGUAAGGCUUGGUCUAGUCCAGGAAGAUGGUAGAGUUAACACUACAAUGUUGGGGAAGCACCAAGGUUCCGUGUACAAGCUUGCUGUGGAGCCAGGAAGUCCCCACAUAUUUUAUAGUUGUGGCGAAGAUGGAUUUAUUCAUCAUUUUGAUUUGCGAAGUAAUUCUGCUACAAAACUUUUCUGUUGCUCCUCGACAAAAGGGAACAAAAAACAGCCUCCAGGAAAAAUAGGGUUGAACUCCAUUGUGAUUGACUCUCGAAUUCCAUAUUACUUUUCAGUAGGUGGAUCCGACGAAUAUGCACGCGUUUAUGACAUAAGAAAAUGUCACUGGGCUGCUUCAAAAGAUUCAGACCAACCUGUUAACACAUUUUGCCCUCAUCACCUAAUUGGGUCAAAAAAUGUCCAUAUCACAGGAUUGGCUUACUCAAAGUCAAGUGAACUCCUUGUCUCUUAUAACGACGAUCUCAUUUAUCUGUUUGAGAAGAAUUCAAGCUUUGAUUCUUUGCCUUCAUCUGCUGCAUGUGAAGAUCCGAAGAAUCUUCAAGAGACACAAGUUUACUCGGGACAUAGAAAUGCAAAGACGGUUAAAGGGGUGAGUUUUUUCGGCCCUAAUGAUGAAUAUGUGUUGAGUGGCUCGGAUUGUGGCCAUAUAUUCAUCUGGAGUAAGAAAGAGGCUAAGCUGGUGAGAUUAAUGGUAGGUGAUCGACAUGUUGUAAACCAACUCGAGGCACAUCCUCACAUACCCUUUUUAGCUACUUGCGGCAUAGAAAAAAACGUGAAAAUAUGGGCCCCUUUAGGGAGUGACACUCCUCCACUUCCUUCAAAUGUGAAAGAGAUAAUCGAGGCAAACAGACAGGGAAGGGAAGAUCGAUUACAGGUCACACUUGCUCCUGAUGUUAUCAUGCAUGUUCUUCGGCUGCAGAGGCGGCAAACAUUGGCGUACACUGAAAGAAGACAUAAUAGUGCGGAUAUUGUGAGUGACGACGAAGAUGCAGAGGAUUAUUUUUUAGGAUUGUUAGACGGUGAUGUCUCUUCUGAAGAGGAUUCUUUGGGAAAUUCCAGGGAUUGCAACAUUAGCUAAAGCUUAAAGAAACAGAUUUCGUUGUGUUUGGCUGACUAAUUCCUUAGAAAAUGCCUAUAGUCUACCACAUGCAUUCAUCUUUAAAGCAUGUUCUAACAAACGUCAUUAGGUAAUAAACUGGUAUGCAAUUUAAAUCUAGAUUGUUACAGAUGAAGUUUGAAGUUCUGGUCAAUUGUAGGCAAAUUCUGAUAUACUAUGUAUACAUGUAUACAAAAUAAAUAAAGGGUAGCACUUGGGUGCCAUAGUUUUUUGGUGCCAUUGGUGCCAUAGGUAACUUUGUGUCUAUCUCUCUCUUAACAACUCAUUCUCAAUGUUGAGUAGUGAUUAGUUAUGGAAUGAUAAUUACCUUUUAAAAA